AUGCCUGAUCUUCGUCGCCAAAUCUUUGAGAGCGGCAAGACCGUCUCUCGCAAAGCAGCUUCCCGUGAGGCCUCGAGAGCCACCUCGCGUGCUAGUUCGAAGCAGUCCUCCCGGGCUGCAAGCAGACAGCCAUCCGACGAGGAGGAUGCAGGAUAUCUCUCUGACGAUACAGCCAUGAGUAUCGGCUCGCUGGAUGAUGAGAACCCCGAGCAAGAUAAUGCCGACUGGCCCCAGGAACUGGCUGAUCGGAUCCAAGAAAUUCUCGACCGCAAGCGCUCCAGUUCACAGGGUCGUGAGGAGGCCUUGGCUGCAUUCUGUCGUCUUACUAAAUACCAUUAUGCGGUCGAAGAAAUAUACGCAUCUGUCACUGAUUUACUUGUCGCAUUCUCGAAAAGUGCCCGGUCGGAUUCUAGUGCUCGAGAGAUAACCCUGGCACUGCGAGCGAUCGAGCUGCUUGCCAUCACAGCUAGUGAUAACAAGGUCUUUGAAAACACCGAGCCGCUUUUGACUCGCACCAUUCGGGAUUCGUCGUCCAAUGCUGUCAAAGCCGCAGCAAUUCAAUGUCUUGCAGCUUGCACCAUCUUCGGUGGUGCUGGUGAAGAUGGCAUCCUCGACCAGAUGACUUUUCUUCUCGACAUUGUUGCCUCCGAUGGGCAUUCCAUCAACGCGCCCGAUGACCCAAUCAGCGUGACGGCAGCACUGCAGGCCUGGGGAUUCCUAGCAACUGAGAUUGAAGACUUCGAAAGCGAGAGCGAAGAAGCAGUGCAAAUCCUCAUGGACCAGUUAGAUAGCGGCGAUUCGGCUGUGCAGAUCGCAGCGGGUGAAAACAUCGCUUUACUUUAUGAAAAGAGUUACACGCCCCAAGAAGAUGAUGACGACGACGACGGUGACGAGGAAGACUCUGAGGACAGCGACGAGCAUGAAGCUGCUACCAACGGUCCAAAGCUUGUCAAGCGUUACAACGCCUACCACAACACCCCUGACCUAGAGCGUCAAUUGCAAUCCCUAGCGCACGUACACUCAAAGUCUAUUAGCAAGCGUGAUAAGAAAUCCUUGCACAGCAAUUUCGCAUCGAUUCUUACGACUGUUGAGAACCCUCGUCGUGGGCCUCGUUACAACAUGGCUAUCAAUCAAGAUACGAACCAACACUACGGCAGCACUUUGACAGUCAAAAUCGGACGGCAUGGAAUCAUGGGUAUCGAUCGCUGGUGGAAAUGGACCCGCUUGACGGCACUGCGCCGAAUCCUUCAAGGUGGAUUCAGCGAGCACUAUUUCCAGGGAAAUCGUGCUGUUCUGAACAAUUUGCCUGUGAUGCUACGCAGCGUUGAGCCUAGCCAAGGUUCGGUCGAUCGUCAAAGUGCCAAGAAAGCCGCAAAGAUGCGAAACUCGAGACGAUGGACAGCUGCCCAGGAUUCCGAUGAUGAAGAAUAA